AACUGAACCUGAUAAAAGUGAGGACAAUAAUUCAAUAAUUCUUAAUUGCACAUCUCUUCUAUUUAGAUGACAAAGCUCCUGUGACUGAUACCAACAUUCCUUCUCACUUGGAGCAGAUGUUGGAUAUUCUAGUUCAAGAAGAAAAUGAGAGGGAAUCGGGUGAAACAGGACCAUGUAUGGAAUAUUUGCUGCAUCACAAGAUUCUGGAGGCACUCUACACAUUAGGAAAAGCUGAUUGCCCUCCAGGAAUGAAACAGCAAGUUUUGGCUUUUUAUACAAAACUUCUUGGAAGAAUACGGCAACCUCUUCUUCCCCACAUAAACGUGCACAGGCCAGUGCAGAAAUUGAUCAGGCUGUGUGGUGAAGUUCUGGCAACACCAACAGAAAAUGAAGAAAUUCAGUUUCUCUGUAUAGUAUGUGCAAAGCUGAAACAGGAUCCAUACCUGGUCAACUUCUUCCUUGAGAGACUUGAUACAUCUGAUUAUUUUUACUAGAACUUUAUUCAGGGCUUACAAAUACACCUGAAUCAUAGAAUCACAGAAACAUAGAAGAGUUAGGGCUGGAAAGGCCCGU